AUGUCGGAUUGCGGCGAUCCAGUAUCCACCUCCGUGGAUGUAAACCACGACGACGAUAAGGAUGUCCCGACCGCAUCGUUUCCACGCUCUAAGGAGCAAGACUUUAUCGAGUCCUUCUCCCGGCGACCGAGCUUUAUGGAUCAUCUAGCGGACUCCCGAGAGUCACAGUUCCACGUACAGGACAGAAGCGAGCUGGAGCGAUACUUUCAUGGACCUCGAAAUAUGACCAGACAUUCGAAAUGGCCAACCGUCAUGAGAGUCCAAGGCAGCGUAAUGCCUCAGAUGAUUUUACCGCUGUUGCUAGUCGGGGGCUGGGCUACUCUUAUUACAUGCAUUUCUCAUUUCAAACAUAAUCUUGGUAUUAACAAUAUUCUUCUUACCGUCCUGGGCUUUGUGGUGGGUUUGUCAUUGUCUUUUCGUGGCUCAACUGCGUACGAAAGAUGGGCGGAUGGACGCAAGUACUGGGCCGGGCUCAUUCAAACUUCGCGUAACCUAGCCCGCGUCAUCUGGGUACAUAUCGGCGAACGUGAAGGAGAGGAGAAUAGCAAGGUGGAUCUUCUGAGAAAGAUAUCAGCCAUGAACCUCAUUCUCGCCUUUGCUGUCUCAUUGAAACACAAGCUCCGCUUUGAACCCGAUGUUGCCUAUGAGGAUUUGGCCGGCCUAAUUGGCCAUUUAGACACGUUCGCACUCGACGCGCAUGAUCAUAGCGUUGUAUCGCCGCAUUCGAAAACACCUUGGAAAUCCAUGGGAGAGUAUUUGGGCUUCUCAUUCGCCAAGUCUAACCCUCGCAAGCUCGUCAAGCGAUCCAAGAAACCACUUGGACAUCUCCCGUUUGAGAUCCUCGUUCAUUUAUCCGCCUACGUUGAGUGUUGCGUCAAGAAUGGUACGCUCUCGGUGCCACAGUACCAGGGCCAAGUCAUGACCAUGCUGUCCUCGCUAAACGAAAUCUUGACCGGAACGGAGCGAGUCCUAGAUACGCCUCUACCCGCAGCUUACAGUAUCGCUAUAUCACAGAUUUCCUGGGUUUACGUGAUGCUCCUCCCAUUCCAGUUGUACAAUUUCUUGCAUUGGACUACAAUUCCCGCAUCCAUAGUCGCCGCAUACAUCAUCAUCGGCCUACUCUUCAUCGGCAGUGAAGUUGAGAAUCCCUUCGGCGAAGACGUCAAUGAUCUACCGCUCACGACAUACUGUCGCCAAAUUGCCAAGGAGCUUGAUAUCAUAACUGCUACUCCGCCUCCAAGGGCGGAAGACUUCAUGGGUCGCCCGGAAAACUUGGUUCUAUUUCCUCUCAGUCAGGAUGGGUUUCCUGCGUGGAAGGAUAGGAGUAAGGCGGAUAUUCAUGCUGCCCUGCGUGCAAAGUUCGUUACUAAUCCAGGCGUUGUGGAUGGAUCGAAUGUUUCUACCAUGGGGAUGAGUUUCUCGACGCGAAGAACCACGGAGUCCGUGUGA